CAAGAAUAACAGCUGCAGAUAUUCCUGGAAUGUCUGCUAAAUAAAUGUAUUCGCACCAAGAGGGAACACGGAAGGUACCACUGACAAGGCAAAAUUUAGUUUUGAAAGACCUUCAACAGACGCAGCAUUUGUAAAGAGGAUUUUCUUCAGAAACUUUGAAGUUUAGGGAAUUCUUUCAAGAAUCUGGAGUUCCAAGGACUUUAGAUCAAAAGAAACAUUUGGAAAGCUCCAGAAAGUCAUUAAUACUCCAGAUGUUCAAGAGAAAAUCAGGCAAAGGCAUUUUCUGCUGCAUUAAACGAAGAAGCUUCAGGAGGAUGAUUAAAUCUUUUGCCUUUACAUGUCACUAAGACUGAGGGAGUGCUAUAACGAGACUGUGAGCGGGCUAACAUUUUAAAAAGCAACGAAGAACCCAAAGACAUCUCAGAGGACCUUGGCGACUGCAGUCCUUCUAGGACCACCCGAAGGAUCGAUGGGAACCCUGAGGGACCUGCAGUACGCUCUGCAGGAGAAGAUUGAGGAGCUGCGGCAGCGUGACGCCCUGAUCGACGAGUUGGAGCUGGAGCUUGACCAGAAGGACGAGCUGAUCCAGAGGCUGCAGAACGAGCUGGACAAGUACCGCUCAGUGAUACGACCCGCCACGGCCCAGCAGGUCCAGGCCCAGCAGCAGAACCUGGUUCUGCAGCCGGACCAGCACCGCAGCAAGAGGCAGGCCAUCUCUGCAGAGCCCACUGCCUUUGACAUCAGCGAGCUGUGCCACGUCACGUUGCCCUUCUACCCCAAGAGCCCACAGUCAAAGGAGCUGAUAAAGGAUGCCAUCCUGGACAAUGACUUCAUGAAGAACCUGGAGCUCUCUCAGAUCCAGGAGAUCGUGGACUGUAUGUACCCAGUGGAUUAUGGGAAGGACGCCUGCAUCAUAAAGGAAGGAGACGUGGGCUCACUGGUGUUCGUGAUGGAAGAUGGGAAGGUGGAGGUGACCAAAGAGGGGAUGAAGCUGUGCACAAUGGGACCUGGGAAAGUUUUCGGAGAGCUGGCCAUCCUCUACAAUUGCACCCGCACCGCUACAGUCAAGACUCUGACCCAUGUGAAGCUGUGGGCCAUCGACCGGCAGUGCUUUCAGACCAUCAUGAUGAGGACCGGCCUCAUCAAACAUUCUGAAUACAUGGACUUCCUGAAGAGUGUUCCAACUUUCCAGGGUCUUACUGAAGAAACUCUGAGUAAACUGGCAGAUGUCAUGGAGGAGACUCACUAUGACGACGGAGAGUACAUCAUCCGACAGGGAGCACGAGGCGACACCUUCUUCAUCAUCAGCAAGGGAAAGGUGAACGUGACUAAGGGGGAUUUAGCCAAUCAGGAGCCAGUUCACCUGAGGGAGCUCGGCAGAGGGGACUGGUUUGGAGAGCGAGCGCUCCAAGGGGAAGACGUGAGAACCGCCAACGUGAUUGCUGUUGAGCCCGUCACCUGCCUGGUCAUCGACAGAGACUCCUUCAAGCAUUUGAUUGGCGGACUGGAUGACGUCUCAAAUAAAGUCUACGAGGAUGCGGAAGCCAAAGCCAAGUACGAAGCCGAGAACGCCUUCUUCUCCAACGUAAAGCUCAAUGACUUCAACAUCAUUGAUACGCUGGGAGUUGGAGGCUUUGGACGAGUUGAACUGGUGCAGCUGAAGAACGAAGAGGCCAAAACAUUUGCCAUGAAGAUUCUGAAGAAGCGUCACAUCGUGGACACGAGGCAACAGGAGCACAUCCGUGCAGAGAAACACAUCAUGACCGAAGCACACUCAGACUUCAUCGUCAGGUUGUACCGGACCUUUAAAGACAGCAAAUAUCUAUACAUGCUGUUGGAGGCGUGUCUGGGUGGAGAGCUGUGGACUAUUCUGAGAGACAGAGGUUCAUUUGAUGACUUAACCACUCGGUUCUACACGGGCUGCGUGGUUGAGGCAUUUGCCUACCUGCAUGCCAAAGGCAUCAUCUACAGAGACCUGAAACCUGAGAACCUGAUCCUGGACAGCCGGGGAUAUGCCAAGCUGGUGGAUUUUGGCUUUGCAAAGAAGAUCGGAUUGUGUAAGAAAACCUGGACGUUCUGUGGAACGCCGGAGUAUGUUGCGCCGGAGAUCAUCUUGAACAAAGGUCACGAUGUGUCAGCAGACUACUGGUCUCUAGGAAUCCUGAUGUAUGAGCUGCUGACCGGCAGUCCUCCGUUCUCAGGACCUGAUCCAAUGAAAACUUACAACGUCAUCCUGAGAGGCAUUGACAUGAUUGAGUUCCCCGAGAAGAUCACCAAGAAUGCAGCCAACCUCAUCAAGAAGCUCUGCAGGGAUAGUCCAUCGGAGAGACUCGGGAAUCUGAAAAAUGGAGUAAAAGAUAUCCAGAAGCACAAGUGGUUCGAAGGGUUUAACUGGGAGGGACUGAGAAAAGGAACUCUGACUCCGCCCAUCACACCGAAGGUGUCCUCUCCAAUCGACACCAGUAACUUUGACAGUUUUCCAGAAGACAUGGACGAGCCGCCCCCUGAUGAUAACUCAGGAUGGGACUACGACUUUUAAACUGAGUCGGCCUCUCUAAUGCGGCAUUAAGGAUGAAGACCCACUAGGCAAAACUUGGGUCGUUAAACGACUGGAGCUCAAAGUGUUACCAGAAGCAAAUGAGGACGGAUCUCUGGAAGAUUAAUCUGAUCCGGCGGAUUCGUUCAGACAGAGCUAAACGAUGAAGGAGCUCAAAGUCCAGAGAUGGGGGUUUGUUCUCUGGGGC